AUGGUGUCUUUCCUUCGCCAAGCACGCCUGGCCGUGCCAAUUCUCGUUUCGGACCUUGCUAAGCGGAGCACUAUCCUGCAUACCAGCCAAGACGGAGUUGACAGCGCCGGAUUCUACUACUCAGUAUACAAUGACAACGGGGCCGAUUUCGAACUUGGCUGGAGCACUGAGACGGAAUUCCUCGGUGGAAAGGGCUUCAAGGGCGGCAACCCACGCUCCUUGACCUGGGACGGUUAUUUCACCGCCGAAGGGGACUGGACUUUGGCCAUUUAUGGCUGGACCACGAACCCCGUCACCGAGUGGUAUAUUGUGGAGUCGCAUGGAAGUGGAACCCCAGGCAACGGGAACAUCCUCGGCCAGGUUGAUAGUGAUGGCGGCGUCUACGAUGUCUAUAAUCUCCCCUAUAGAAAUGUUCCGGAGAUCUACGGUGUCACCAACUUCGACCAGCACUGGUCGGUGCGUCGCUCCCACCGCUCUACCGGCACCGUCGACGUGAGCGCCCAUUUCCAGCGCUGGAAGGAAUUGGGUCUCAACCCUGGCUCCCCAGUCUUCCAGAUGGUUACCCUGGAAGGCUUUUCCGGCCAGGGGUACCUGGACUUCACCGUCAGUGCAUAG